GCCGGGGGGAGGGGAUCCGAGGGCUCUCGACGCUGGCCCUUUGCUAACUCGCUCUUCUUGCUGGCCCUACAGUGCAUCCUUGAGACAAGAUGGUGAAGGUCGGAGUGAACGGAUUUGGCCGCAUCGGCCGCCUGGUCACCAGGGCUGCUUUCAACUCUGGCAAAGUGGACAUCGUGGCCAUCAAUGACCCAUUCAUUGACCUCAACUACAUGGUCUACAUGUUCCAGUAUGAUUCCACCCAUGGCAAGUUCCAUGGCACAGUGAAGGCUGAGAACGGCAAGCUUGUCAUCAACGGGAAAGCCAUCACCAUCUUCCAGGAGCGAGAUCCCGCCAACAUCAAAUGGGGCGAUGCUGGUGCCCAGUAUGUGGUGGAGUCCACUGGCGUCUUCACCACCAUGGAGAAGGCUGGGGCUCACCUGAAGGGUGGGGCCAAGAGGGUCAUCAUCUCUGCCCCCUCUGCUGACGCCCCCAUGUUUGUGAUGGGUGUGAACCAUGAGAAGUACGACAAUUCCCUCAAGAUUGUCAGCAACGCCUCCUGCACCACCAACUGCUUGGCUCCCCUGGCCAAGGUCAUCCACGACAACUUUGGCAUUGUGGAGGGGCUCAUGACCACAGUGCACGCCAUCACCGCCACCCAGAAGACAGUGGACGGCCCCUCCGGGAAGCUGUGGCGUGAUGGCCGUGGGGCUGCCCAGAACAUCAUCCCGGCUUCCACUGGUGCAGCCAAGGCUGUCGGCAAGGUCAUCCCUGAGCUGAACGGGAAACUCACCGGCAUGGCCUUCCGUGUGCCUACUCCCAACGUGUCCGUGGUGGACCUGACUUGCCGUUUGGAGAAAGCUGCUAAGUAUGAUGACAUCAAGAAGGUGGUGAAGCAGGCUUCCGAGGGCCCCCUGAAGGGCAUCCUGGGCUACACUGAGGACCAGGUUGUCUCCUGUGACUUUAACAGUGACACCCACUCCUCCACUUUUGAUGCUGGGGCUGGCAUUGCCCUCAACGAUCACUUCGUCAAGCUCAUCUCAUGGUAUGACAACGAAUUUGGCUACAGCAACAGGGUGGUGGACCUCAUGGUCCACAUGGCCUCCAAGGAGUAAAAGCCCCCCAGGACCACCACUGACCCCAGCGAGAGCACCAGAGGAAGAGCGAGGCUGCUGGGGAGUCCCUGCCCCAACUCAGUCCCCACCACACUGAGAAUCUGCCCUUUCACAGUCUCCAUCCCAGACCCCCUGGAGAAGGGGAGGGGCUUCGAGCCCUAUCUUGUCAUGCUACCAUCAAUAAAGUCCACCUUGUACCCAG